GCUUCCGAAAUAACGUCUAACUUCGUACAUUGUAAGCGUGAUCCAUGAUCGGUGAUGGCUAAAUUUUCAUGGCUAAAGUUUGCCGCCAAAUACGCUCGGUAGCAUUUAUCUCUCUGCAUUUACUAUAUACCUACUUACAAUUAGUUGAUUUCAAUUUUGGAACACGUCGAUAUUUACGUUAUUCGAACUGUAAAUAUAACUAUCGCGAGUGCAGUUAUCAUGUUCUACAAUAAUCGCUAAAAUACAUCACCUUGUACUGUUAUGAAAAUAGUAUUCAUCACACCUGGCGCAUCAAACCGUGGUAAUAAUAUUCGAGAGUUCAACACAAUCACUGAAGUCGGAUUUCACAACAGCACAAUGGAUAUUAGAGCUGCAACUAAAGUUGAGGAUGAAAUAUCCCAAUCUUGGUUACAUCUUAUUGAUGAAGAGGAAGACGCUCUUCUAAAUGAAGCUGUUAGUCACACAAUCAGACAGUUGAGUGCUGAAAUUCGAUCAAACAGUACAAAACCCUGUGUUGCUGAAGAGCCAACCAACAAUACCUGCAACGAUCAUGAGACUACUAAGCCAAAUGUCAACUGUUUGAGGAUGAAUGAUGAGCCUAAAGGUAGUUUUGCUGAUGUGUUACUUUGUAGAAAUAAAAUGACAGACAUUGAUGCCAAAGGUAAUGCAGACCAAGCAUUUAACGAAAUAAAAGAAGAUAACUCGCCGACCUUAGGCAAAAGGCCAAGAGAAGAUAGCCUCAAUUCUUUACCAGCAAAAAUAUCCCGAAAUAGACAUAACAGCAGUUCUAGCUCAAGUACAAAUUCGUCAAAUACCAGCAAAAGGAAAAUUGAAUAUGAAACUGAUCCCUCCACAUUGGCACGAAGACAAAAGGACAUUGAUUAUGGAAAAAAUACAAUCGGAUAUGACAGAUAUAUCCAAUCUAUACCAAAAAAAAACCGUGCUAAAGAACAUCCAAAAACCCCUCCAAAAAACAUUAAAUGUAGCCGAAGGGGAUGGGAUGGGAUGGUAAAACUAUGGCGGCAACAAUUACAUGUUUUUGAUCCACCUGAUACAAAUGGUGCUAAAGUGGUUCAAGAAAAAGAUGGGUCUACUUAGUGAUUAGUUUAUUUUUUUGCUAAAGCUCUCCACAGGGACAUUUUUUUUCUCAUUGCCAUUAUCGAUUUGGAAUGAGCCGUGAAUGGUACAUAAUACACAAAUUGCGAUUAUGUACAAAAACGUUUUGUAUUAUCUGUAUGUUGUAGCUCUUUUCUUGUUUCAUUUUUUCCAUUACAUAAAUUGUGCGAAAACAUUUUGUCAUUCAUAGAUCCGACUAUCUAUAUUUUUUCUCGUGAGAAUUCAUUUGUGCUAUGAGCUAGGUCUUUUAUUAAGUAUGAAAGUUUACUAUGCUCCGCUGCAAUAUUAUAAAUAUAAUAAAAGUAAAUUUGUUAGUUUGUAUAGACAUUGCUUAGUUGCAUUUUAUUCCAUAAAAAACAGUCAACUUUAUUUAAGCGAAUACGAACAAUCUAUAAACGACCAGUGAAAUUCGUCAGCACAAUACCAAAUUCACCUAGUAUUUUUGAGGGCAGUAUUCCAUUUAAUUCAAGUCAUAUUAAUUAUUGUUAUUGAAAAACCCACAAUGAACCUGGACUAUGCAAGUAAAUCGUUAAUUUUGUGAGCAUAUUUCCAUGAUUUUUUGAUAUUUCAUAUAAAGUCAA